AUGAACGGAUCUCAUCUACAGGCGUCUCAUGAGCGCGCUGAUGCCCACUACCUUGUCAUUACGAAGGGACAGCGCUCGGAUAUCAGUGAAUCACAUACGGAGACAGACUGGGAUUCGGAGACGCAAAUGGAAGAGCUCUCAUUGAGCGAAAAGACUAUUCGUACACCGAAGCGAAAGUCACAGAAGACGGAUUCCCGUGAUGCCGCUUAUGCUCCCGAAUUUGCCAACAGCGACUUAGAGGAGGCCCCUUGCAUACCCAAGCGAACGCGGAAGAAGAGGAAACUCAGCCCUGCCGAUACGCCUAUGCCAUUCCCCAAAGCCAGACUGAAGAGCAAAUCCCCCUCAAAAAAAAAGAUUGUUGGAGAACAAAAGGGGAACACAUCUGUAGACCAAGAAGAUGCAGAAGGGAUUGUGCUUGCCUCCUCAAACUCUAGCGAUACUGCAGUGGAACUCCUAAGCGAUUCCAUAAUCGAUGCAACGGACGAGGCACUACAUGGCUCGCCACGCUUUAUCACUGAUUCAUCUACUCUCCAAACAGACCAUGCCAAUUCUUUGAACAAGACGAAGACAAGAAAGAAAACUACUAUGCCAAAAAAGGAUGCAUCCUCAUUUGUACCUCAGCAUAAUGGUGAUGAGGAUUAUGAGACUGAUAGUGUAGCGUCUAUGCGCAUUUCGAAGAACGAAAAAUCCGCAAUGGUCUUUGAUUUCUCCAUGGAGAGGGCCGGGCGUUGGACUGAUGCCGUCAAUCUCCCCAAGAAUAUCUACAACGAAGAAGAGAAAAACCUCUAUUUCAGGCUCUCCAUGCGCGGGUUCGAGCCCGUUUUCCCAAGACAUUGGCAGUUUGAUUUUCCAACACUUCCCGAGUCCUUAUUUCCUCGCCCAAAUAAAGGGUUUGAGCCGAUUGUUCAGGUACUUGGACGCUCCGAGUUCUAUGCAAUCAAAUCACUGGCCACUCUAUUCACACUCGGGGGGCGUGUCAGAGAUUGUAAGAUUUUGCGGAAGAGACCAGAACCUCUGAUCAAGGAAGCUAUCAGAAAGUAUAUUCGUUGGGCUAUGGAUGAUGCAAAGAUAUACGUAGGUCCAGAGGCAGUCCCUGCACACGCUAUUUAUGCUCAGAGGCAAAACGAAUCGAUUCUUGACGCCUUGAAGAGGCUCAACCGACGUCUCCAUUGGCUUGUCAGUCAAUACCACAAGACCUUGAGUGUGGCAUCUGUUGGUGAAUAUAAUACUUCACACAGUGCCGGACCUAAUACAAGGAAAGCUGGUCAUGAUUUCCACCGAAAAUAUCCUGUUCUCAUCGGGUUUAUUGUAUCCGGUCCAACGGUUGUCAUAUUAACUCUCAAUGCGGACCCCACGAGUAGCACCGAAAAAACGGACAGCACAUUCAUGUGCCAGUUUGACCUUGGGGAAAGGGGUCAAGAUGUAUGGAACUCACUGGCAAUUGCAAUCACAGGCAUGCACAUCCGCAGGACCAUAGGUCAGCUUGCAGCGGAUGGCUUGGCUGGAUUCAAGACGACUCCUGUUGAUGAAGAUAUUAGUUCGGAUCCUGAUAUUUGA